UUCUGUCAUGUUCAGAAAAUUUUCGCGGUCGAUUUUCAUUUCCAGCUGCAUGCGAACGCAAUUUGGCUUUCUUCUGAAGCGGUGAUAGUUUAAAUUUCCAGUGCAUUUUGAUAUUGAAACAGUCUGAUCCAGACAACAAUUUCCUGUAAAUUCUUGUUUCGUUGAACAUUCCAUCGGAAAGCUUUGCGGUUCUUGAAAAUGGAUUCAUCCUCCAAUAACGACGCAGCGUCUGGAUCCUCUUCCGUAAAUGCGGAAACAUCGUUUGUAAACCUGCAAGAGGUGCUGGCGGAACAGGCUGAAAUGGAAGCGGAAAGCGACGCUGUUCUUGGUGGAUCGGAUGAUAAAAACUGCACCUAUAGUCAGGGCUACAUCGGACGACAGGCGCUAUAUUCUUGUUUGACAUGUAUUCCGGAAUCUCGAACGGAAGAAGACAAGCGAGCGGGUGUCUGUCUGGCAUGUUCCUACCGCUGUCAUGAGGGCCACGAAAUGGUUGAACUCUACACAAAGCGUAAUUUCCGGUGCGACUGCGGGAGCAAACGCAUGCCACAGAUUCGAUGCGCGUUGGAACCUUUCAAGUUUGAGGCCAAUGAUCUUAACCAGUAUAAUCAGAACUUUAGCGGAACCUAUUGUACCUGUCACCGGCCCUACCCAGAUCCAGAGGAUAAAAUUCCGGAUGAAAUGAUCCAGUGUGUGGUGUGCGAAGAUUGGUACCAUACCCGACACUUGCAAGGAAAGCUACCAGAGUCGAAGGAAUUUGCUGAGAUGAUCUGCGAUGGCUGUAUGGAGAAGAUUCCUGUUUUGGCACAUUACGUGGGUAAAAUAGAAGAUGCAAACAGCACACUGUUGAAUGAAACAGUACAGGUAGAUGUAACCGGGUUGGACGAAUCAACUACGACGACUGCAGUCAGCACGACAACUAGCGUUAGCAGUAUUGCUGAGGAUACGGCAAGUGAUGCAAAUGAAAGCAAGCGUCUUAAGCUGGACAUUUGCACUAAACCUCCAUUGGACGACGAAGAAAGCCCGGCAAAGGUACAGGCAACUUUCUGGAACGAAGGCUGGCGGCAACAUCUGUGCAGAUGCACAUCGUGCAUGGAGAUCUACUCGAGUCUUAAGGUUGAGUUUCUCUUGGACGAGAAAGAUACCGUUCAGUGGUACGAAGAAAACGGACGUAUUAAGAGCGAGAAUCAGGCUGAACAAGAUAUGGAAGCAUUAUCAAAACUAGAUCGGGUUCAGCAAAUUGAAUUUCUAAGUGGGUACAAUUUAUUAAAGGAGCGUAUGAAGGAAUUCUUAGACGGAUUUGUCGAUACCCAACAAGUGAUAACCGAGCAAGAUAUAAAGGAAUUUUUCGCGCGAGUAACUAAGGAGAGAAAAGAUUCGAAAGCGAUGCCAACGUAUUUUUGUCGUUAACAAUUUUUAUUUUGUAAUUGCUUUUUAAAUGUUUCGAACUAUAUGCUAUUAUCUACCAAACUGUAGUUGACAUGGUAAUAAAAACUGAAUUCAAAUAAA